UUCUUUUUUCCCUUCUGUCUAACUGUUUGGGUGCUUACUGACAUAAGUAUUUAAGUACAUGUGUACAACAUUCAGAAUUAUCCAGUGUUGUUUACCUGCUAACCCAUGAAAUCUGUACCCCUUCACUUUUAUUUAGUAGCUUCUUUUGAGAUUUUCAGUUUUUUAAGUUUAAUGUAUAUGGCAUAUCUGUACACCAUAGGUAUGUCUGAUGCCUACAGGGGCCAGAAGAGGGCACCCUAUUUUCUGGGUGGUACAGACAGUUGUGAGCUGUCAUGUGGAUGCUGGGAAUUGAACCGGAUCCUUUGGAAGAGCAGCCAGUGCUCAUAACCACUGAGCCUUCUCUCCAGCCUGGUGUCUUUACUGGUUUUUAGUGAUGUCUUAAACUAAAGAAGGUAGAAUAUGCCCUCUCAGGCCUUAUUUUUAGUCAAUCUUUCUUAUUGAUUCGAAGUGAGAUAGUGUGUAUAGUAUAGAUACUGCUGUGAAUGCCUGGUUACUUUUUACUGGAGUUCUCACACGUGUCUGGUGGUUACUCGGAAUAUUUGCAUGUUAAGUUACCCUCUGAUUCCUUGUUGCAUUUUACAUAAACCACACCUUGUUUAGAUUAUUGUCACAGUGUAUUUAUGUAUUAUUGUGGGUGUGCACCUGUGUUGGAGGUUUCUGUGGGGUAUACAUGCCACAGAACACAUGUGGAGGUCAGAGGAUUCUGAAGAUGGAACUCAGGUUGCCCUCAAACAUCUUUACCAGCUGAGCUACCGCACUGGCCCUCAGUGGGUUUUGCUUUUCAAUAAUAUAGUAAGUAUUAAUAAACCUUGUAUUCUAGGAGCAGCAGCUUACUUCACCAACUUAAAUUCAUAGUCGGUUGUCAGAUAGCAUGCUGAAUCCAGUACUAAGCACAUAAAAACCAAAUUACAGGGUUUUUUUUAAUGUCUAUAAUUUCUAGUUACAUUUGCUUUAUCUUCCCUUCGUUUUACAGGCACUUUAGAAUAUUCUAAUACUUUGGACUCAUAAAUUUUUUUAUGAGGUCAGAUGACAGCUUGUGGGAGUUGGUUUUCUUUCUAUCAUUGCCAGAACAGAUAAAGCCCAGUGUAAGCCAGCCUCAGCCUGCCAACUCUGAUAACGGCACUUCCACAGCAACCAGCACUAAUAAUAAUGCCAAGCGAGCUACAGCCAGCAAUCAGCAGCAGCCGCCGCCGCAGCAACAGCAGCAGCAGCAGCAGCAGGAGCAGCAGCAGCAGCCACAGGCCUUGCCUCGGUAUCCUCGUGAAGUACCUCCACGAUUUCGCCACCAGGAACACAAGCAGCUUUUAAAGAGGGGUCAGCAUUUUCCUGUCAUAGCAGCAAACCUGGGAUCUGCUGUUAAGGUGUUAAACAGCCAAUCAGAAAGCAGUGCUGUAACAAACCAACAGCCGCAAAAUAACGGAGAGGUGCAGAACAGCAAAAACCAGUCAGAUAUAAAUCAUAAUACUUCAGGAUCCCAUUAUGAAAAUUGCCAGCGGGGACCUGUGUCUUCUACAAGUGACUGUAGCACAAGCUGUAAGAAUGCUGUAAAGGACUUGUUGGAAAAAGAAGCAUGGCCCUCAGUCCCUGGCAGUGAUCCUGAGUUGGCUUCAGAAUGUAUGGAUGCUGAUUCUGCCUCCAGUUCUGAGUCGGAGAGAAACAUCACUGUCAUGGCUUCAGGGAACACAGGUGGUGAAAAAGAUGGCCUUCGGAAUAGCACUGGACUCGGUUCUCAAAGCAAGUUUGUGGUUGGUAGCAGCAGCAAUAAUGUAGGCCACGGAAGUAGUACUGGGCCAUGGGGCUUCCCCCAUGGAGCCAUAAUAAGCACAUGUCAGGUCUCUGUGGAUGCUCCUGAAAGCAAAUCAGAAAGUAAUAACAAUAGAAUGAAUGCUUGGGGCACUGUAAGUUCUUCAUCAAAUGGAGGGUUAAAUCCAAGCACUUUGAAUUCAGCUAGCAACCAUGGUGCCUGGCCAGUAUUAGAAAACAAUGGACUUGCCCUAAAAGGGCCUGUAGGGAGUGGGAGUUCUGGCAUCAAUAUUCAGUGUAGUACCAUAGGCCAGAUGCCUAACAAUCAGAGUAUCAACUCUAAAGUCAGUGGCUCUUCUACCCAUGGUACCUGGGGCAGCCUUCAGGACACUUGCGAGCCUGAAGUAAGUGGUACACAGAAGGUUUCGUUCAGUGGUCAACCUCAGAAUAUCACCACUGAAACAACUGGACCAAAUAACACUACUAACUUUAUGACCUCUAGUUUACCAAACUCCGGUUCAGUACAGAAUAAUGAACUGCCUACUAGUAAUCCAGGGGCCUGGCGUGUGAGCACAAUGAAUCAUCCUCAGAUACAGGCUCCGUCAGUUAUGAAUGGCACUUCCCUUUCUCACCUAAGCAAUGGAGAGUCAAAAACUGGAGGCUCCUACGGUACUACAUGGGGUGCCUAUGGUUCUAAUUACUCUGGCGACAAAUGUGUAGGACCUAAUGGCCAAGCCAAUGGUGACACUGUGAAUGCAACUCUAAUGCAGCCUGGCAUAAAUGGGCCUAUGGGCACUAACUUUCAAGUUAACACAAAUAAAGGGGGAGGUGUAUGGGAGCCUGGGACAACGAAUUCCCAGAGUUCACCUUGGGGAAGUGGAAAUGGUGCGAAUUCUGGAGGAAGUCGAAGAGGAUGGGGAAGUCCUGCACAGAACACUGGCCCUAGUCUACCCAGUGUUGAGUGGAACAAACUGCCUAGCAAUCAGCAUUCCAAUGACAGUGUAAAUGGCAAUGGUAAGAAGUUUACAAAUGGAUGGAAAUCUACUGAGGAAGAGGAUCAGGGUUCUGCCACAUCUCAGACAAAUGAGCAAAACAGUGUGUGGGCCAAAACAGGAGGCACAGUGGAGAGUGAUGGUAGUACAGAGAGCACUGGACGCCUUGAAGAAAAAGUAACUGGGGAAAGUCAGAGUAGAGAUAGAAGAAAAAUUGAUCAGCACACAUUACUCCAAAGCAUUGUAAACAGAACUGACUUAGAUCCACGUGUCCUAUCCAACUCUGGUUGGGGACAGACUCCUAUUAAGCAGAAUACUGCCUGGGAUACAGAGACAUCACCAAGAGGGGAAAGAAAGACUGACAAUGGGACAGAGGCCUGGGGAAGCUCUGCAACACAGACUUUUAACUCAGGGGCAUGUGUAGAUAAGACUAGCCCUAAUAGUAAUGAUACCUCAUCUGUAUCAGGGUGGGGUGAUCCCAAACCUACUCUAAGGUGGGGAGAUUCCAAAGGCUCAAACUGCCAGGGGGGGUGGGAAGAUGAUUCUGCUGCUACAGGAACGAUUAAGAGCAAUCAGUGGGGGAAUUGCAAAGAAGAGAAGUCUGCAUGGAAUGAUUCGCAAAAGAACAAACAAGGGUGGGGUGAUGGACAAAAGGCAAACCAAGGUUGGUCCAUUUCUGCCAGUGAUAACUGGGGAGAAACUUCCAGGAGUAACCAUUGGGGUGAGACUAACAAGAAAUCCAGCUCAGGAGGUAGUGACAGUGACAGGUCCAUUUCUGGUUGGAACGAACUUGGUAAAACUAGUUCUUUUACUUGGGGAAAUAAUAUAAAUCCAAAUAAUUCAUCAGGAUGGGAUGAAUCUUCUAAACCUAAUUCUUCCCAGGGAUGGGGAGACCCUCCAAAGUGUAAUCAGUCUCUAGGUUGGGGAGAUUCAUCAAAACCAGUUAGUUCUCCAGAUUGGAACAAGCAACAAGACAUUGUUGGAUCAUGGGGAAUCCCACCAGCUACCGGCAAGCCUCCUGGUACAGGCUGGCUAGGAGGACCUAUUCCAGCUCCAACAAAGGAGGAAGAACCCACAGGCUGGGAGGAGCCAUCCCCAGAAUCUAUACGACGAAAAAUGGAGAUUGACGAUGGAACUUCAGCUUGGGGAGAUCCGAGCAAAUACAACUACAAAAAUGUGAACAUGUGGAAUAAAAACAUCCCAGAUGGCAGCAGCCGCUCAGACCAGCAAGCACAGAUGCAUCGGUUGCUGCCGUCUGCAAACGCUGUCUCAAGCAAGGAGGCAAGCAGUGGCUCUGGCUGGGGUGAGCCCUGGGGGGAGCCUUCUACUCCAGCCACGACUGUGGAUAAUGGUACUUCAGCCUGGGGUAAGCCCAUAGACAGUGGUCCCAGCUGGGGAGAACCCAUUAGCGCGGCAUCCAACACAUCCACGUGGGGCUCCAGCUCUGUUGGUUCACAGUCAUUAAGCAAAUCUGGGCCCAAAUCUAUGCAAGAUGGCUGGUGUGGUGAUGAUAUGCCAUUGCCUGGAAGUCGUCCCACUGGCUGGGAAGAGGAGGAGGAUGUAGAGAUUGGAAUGUGGAACAGUAACUCAUCUCAAGAGCUUAACUCAUCUUUAAAUUGGCCACCAUAUACCAAGAAAAUGUCAUCAAAGGGUCUGAGUGGCAAAAAAAGGAGAAGGGAAAGGGCAAUGAUGAAAGGUGGAAACAAACAAGAAGACGCAUGGAUAAAUCCAUUUGUUAAACAGUUUUCAAAUAUCAGUUUUUCGAGAGACUCACCAGAAGAAAAUGUACAGAGCAAUAAGAUGGAUCUUUCUGGAGGAAUGUUACAAGACAAGCGAAUGGAGAUAGAUAAACAUAGCCUAAAUAUUGGUGAUUACAAUCGAACGGUCGGGAAAGGUCCUGGUUCUCGGCCUCAGAUUUCCAAAGAGUCUUCCAUGGAGCGCAAUCCUUAUUUUGAUAAGGAUGGCAUUGUAGCAGAUGAAUCCCAAAACAUGCAGUUUAUGUCCAGUCAAAGCAUGAAGCUUCCCCCUUCAAAUAGUGCACUACCUAACCAGGCCCUUGGCUCCAUAGCAGGGCUGGGUACGCAAAACUUGAAUUCUGUUAGACAGAAUGGCAAUCCUAGUAUGUUUGGUGUUGGAAACACAGCAGCACAACCCCGGGGCAUGCAGCAGCCUCCAGCACAACCUCUCAGUUCAUCUCAGCCUAAUCUCCGUGCUCAAGUGCCUCCUCCAUUACUCUCCCCUCAGGUUCCAGUUUCAUUGCUGAAGUAUGCACCAAACAACGGUGGCCUGAACCCGCUCUUUGGCCCUCAACAGGUAGCCAUGCUGAACCAGCUAUCCCAACUAAACCAGCUUUCUCAGAUCUCCCAGUUACAGCGAUUGUUAGCUCAGCAGCAGAGGGUGCAGCAGAGUCAGAGAAGUGUGCCUUCUGCUAACCGACAGCAGCAAGACCAGCAGGGUCGACCUCUUAGUGUACAGCAGCAGAUGAUGCAACAGUCUCGUCAACUUGAUCCAAGCCUGCUGGUGAAGCAGCAGACUCCGCCUUCUCAGCAGCCACUUCAUCAGCCAGCCAUGAAGUCCUUCCUUGAUAACGUCAUGCCCCACACUACACCCGAGCUGCAGAAAGGGCCAUCGCCAGUAAAUGCUUUCAGCAACUUUCCUAUAGGCUUGAACUCAAACUUGAAUGUAAAUAUGGAUAUGAACAGUAUUAAAGAGCCACAGUCAAGACUAAGGAAGUGGACUACGGUGGACAGCAUUUCUGUGAACACAUCUUUGGAUCAAAACUCCAGCAAACAUGGUGCUAUUUCAAGUGGUUUUAGGCUGGAAGAAUCUCCAUUUGUUCCCUAUGACUUUAUGAAUAGCAGUACUUCACCAGCCAGUCCUCCAGGUUCAAUAGGAGAUGGCUGGCCACGUGCCAAAUCGCCUAAUGGCUCUAGCAGUGUUAACUGGCCACCAGAAUUUCGCCCUGGUGAACCAUGGAAAGGUUAUCCAAACAUUGACCCUGAAACUGACCCUUACGUCACUCCUGGCAGUGUCAUAAACAGUCUUUCAAUUAAUACUGUGCGGGAAGUUGAUCACCUCAGGGACAGGAACAGUGGGUCAUCCUCAUCCUUGAACACCACGCUGCCUUCAACUAGUGCCUGGUCAUCCAUUCGUGCCUCCAACUACAAUGUUCCCCUCAGCAGUACAGCACAAAGCACUUCAGCCAGAAAUAGUGAUUCCAAAUUGACGUGGUCUCCUGGUUCAGUUACAAACACCUCUCUGGCUCAUGAGCUGUGGAAAGUCCCUUUGCCACCUAAAAACAUCACUGCUCCGUCCCGCCCACCUCCAGGGCUGACUGGUCAGAAGCCACCCUUGUCUACGUGGGAUAAUUCUCCCCUUCGUGUAGGUGGAGGAUGGGGAAAUUCUGAUGCCAGAUAUACCCCAGGUUCCAGCUGGGGAGAGAGCAGCUCAGGGAGAAUAACGAAUUGGCUUGUUUUGAAAAACCUCACACCUCAGAUUGAUGGCUCAACUCUGCGCACCCUGUGCAUGCAGCAUGGCCCACUGAUUACAUUCCAUCUGAACCUCCAACAUGGAAAUGCUCUGGUCCGUUACAGUUCAAAAGAAGAGGUAGUGAAGGCACAAAAGUCUCUGCACAUGUGUGUGCUGGGGAACACUACUAUUCUCGCUGAGUUUGCCAGUGAAGAGGAGAUCAGUCGCUUCUUUGCACAAAGUCAGUCUCUGACCCCUUCUCCUGGCUGGCAGUCUCUUGGGUCCAGCCAGAGCCGGCUGGGCUCCCUCGACUGUUCCCACUCAUUCUCCAGCCGGACCGAUCUCAAUCACUGGAAUGGUGCUGGGCUGUCGGGAACUAACUGUGGAGACCUUCACGGCACUUCCCUCUGGGGGACCCCACAUUAUUCCACAAGCCUGUGGGGUCCCCCAAGCAGCAGCGACCCCCGGGGAAUUAGCAGCCCAUCCCCCAUUAAUGCUUUUCUUUCUGUUGACCACCUGGGUGGGGGUGGAGAGUCCAUGUAACUGCAUAGGUAUAGACGCAAACUGUGACCUCAAGAUGAGAAGGAAAGGAGCACUAAGUUGGGCUCGCCGCCUGCAGCAGGGCCGCCUGUGGGAACAGCUAUUUCUGCACAUUUUCCACUUUGUUUUCCCCAGAACAUAUCAGUUUGAAUACUUGAAUCAUGCAGGCCAAUAUUAUAAUGUGAAAGGGUAUCUAUCUAUUUACACUCCCAAAUAGCGCCAUACAGCUAACCGUGUGGAAUGAGCUCACUUGUGUAUUCAUCAUGUUUAGCCUUCGGAUUCCUUCUUUCCUUCAUUUCCAUCCCCCAUCCCCACCUUUUAUUUUUAUUUGUAUUUUUUUGCAAAACCAUUUUUUUGGGCUGAUGUAUGAGCUUUUACCUUUGCACUGAGUGAUGUUCUCUCCGUCUAAUCGGCAAUAUGGGGGGGGCAGCUGUUCCAGUGUAAAUGUUUACUCAAGGAUGUUCUUAAAGGCGAGCACUCUCUACUAUGCCUCAUGUUGCCUACCUUAUUGUGGUAUCGUGGAGUUUAAAAGAUCAAGUUAAGAUACUGACGUAGGAUUCUUAAUGAAAGUAUUGCACCAGUUUUUUCAUGUUGUAAAACUAAAGAAUUUUCGCUCUACAGUUUGAGAAACUGUGGCCACCGCUGUGACCUGCAGCCCGCCUGCUGCCCAGGACGGGCCCUGCACUUUGAACAGGCUUUCCAUGUUGUUUUGGAGGUUCCCACGGUGAACCUUCUUGUUUACAGAUUUUUUGUUUGUUUUUUGAGAAAAAAAAUGUUUACUCUUCCAUCAUUUAAAAAAAAAUUAAAAGACAAAAAAAAUAGAGGAGGGUGGUUUAAAAGAAGCUUUCUAUCUCUGGGAAAAAGAGCAGCAUUUGGCCAUGUUCUUCUGUUUUCUACCCCUGUCCUAAAUCAAAGAGCAUGGUUCUCAGGAAACCAGUUCCCCGUCAAAAAAAAUCUUGUAGUUUCUUAUAGGAAAAAGAAAACCCCAACUUUUAGCACUGAUAUUACGUAUUGCUCUGUUCAAGAAUUUUCUCUGCCAAAAAAAAAGGAAAAAAAAGAAGAAAAAAAAGCGCUUUGAGCUGGAGUUGCCGUCUGCUUUCAGAUGCUGUCCUUUAUUAGUGAGUGAUGAUGGUUUGCUGAUAAUCGAUCGCUAGGUGACUUUUUGUAACCCAUCAGUGGCUCUCAUGUCUCUGCUCUCUUGUGACCGUGUUCAUGUUUAACUGUUGUACCUUAAAGCCGAGAUCAGUAACUAUGCAUACUGUAACCAAGACAUUGGGCUUACAGAGUUGUUUGUUGUAUAAAAAAAAUUUUAAAUGUUGUUGCAAACUAACGAGUUACACCAUUUUAAAAUUUCUUUCCUUCCCCAGCUCCUGUUUCUUUGCCCACAAAUGGUAUUAUAAUGCUUGCUUAGUCAAAGAAGAGAGACUAAACAAGGGUAAACUUUUAACAGUACAGAAUAUGCCAUCUUUCAUUGCCUUGAUUCUAACUGUUUGUGUCCUAAGAUGCAAAAGAGGUCAGUGGCUUUUAACUGUUUACAAAUAGGAUGUGAUUGUAAAUGUACAGUUUGGUUGUGUUUGAAUUAUGAAAUCUUCAGAUAAUAAACCAUGACUUUUUUGGCUGCUCAACAUUAAUUGUCUCUUUUUUGUGAAUUUAUUUGUAGGCUCUUUUUUAUAAUGAAAGUUACAAAGUUGCUGCACAUGAGCAUUCUUCUCAUAGAGCAGCAGAUUAAAAAUGUAAGCAAAUGUUUGAACAUUUACCUGAACUUCUCCACAAGCACCCGAGAUAAUGUGAGAACAGUGGAAGCUGUAGCUUGCUCCCUCCUCCCCGAGCAUCUUUGGGAUCUUGUUGCUCAAAGCUCUUCUGUGGCUUCACCUCCCCCACCAUCUGUGCCCAUCUCAAGCCUCAGCGGGACCAUUCGGAACAUGAAGCUUAGUGACUUGACAGCAUCCUAGUGUUAACCUCAUACCUCUCACACAGUGGGGAUGCCACCACCGUGCCCCUUGCUUCUCUCUGCGGGAGCUCUAGGGCAGAACUGUGUCUGUAUUCCAGUGUAUGACUUCAAAUCAAGCUCCAGCUUGCCAGCUGUAAGCUAAUGUCGGACACCGUAACCUAAGCAAAUGUUCAGUGCAUUCGGUGUGUAUUGACGUCCAUACUGGUUUUUCCAAAAACCAAAGGUAGCUUUGAAAAACCAUGUGUGGAGAUGUUUGGAACGUUAAGCUGAGUGACCUUUUGGGGCUUUGAGUAGUAUAUAACUGACUUCAUAACUUCGUUAAUUGUAUUGUUAAAAGUGUUUGGGAGUUUUUUGCGCUUGUUAUGUGGAAAUAAAGUGUUUGAUUUUAAAAAAGAA